CUAUUCACCUCCUCGCCGACAGCACCACUCAGCCCCAGCCAGCACCACCCUCGCGGUCGUCGACACUACACCACCCAACACCAUCCAGUAGCCAGCAGUGCACCACACCCGGCGCCACCCACAGCACCGUUUCUGGCCACCCGCAGCAUCGAGCCACCCAGCAGUCCAGCACAGCACCACCCACUCACCCAGCACAACACCACCCAGCAGCGUUUCUGGCCACCCACAACACAGCACAGCAAGUCAUGUAUUAUCCUCAUAGCAAUUGCAGGCAUAGAGAGGUUUGCAUAUAAAGGGGUGGCAUCAAAUUCGGUUACAUACCUAACUGAUGUAGUGAAGCUAAGGAACUCAUCUGCUACAAAAAUGGUUAAUAGUUGGUGUGGCUUCACUUCCAUAAUGCCCUUGUUGGUGGCACCCAUUGCUGAUGCUUAUUGGCACAAAUAUUCCACAAUUAUGGCCUCUUCUUUCCUCUAUCUUAUGCCACCAACAACCCUCUGGCGGCAGCACGAAUUCAAAUAAAAUCCACAUCAAGAUCUAUUUUCAGAUCUAGAUCUUCAUAAUUUCAGUAAACGAAUCUCCAACCACUGUACCCUCUAUUUCCGACGCAUCGAUCCCUUCACAGAAAUGGCAGAACCACCAUCGUCGAACGACACGGCAUAGCGGAGGCGAGAUGGCAUUGCUUGACGGAGCUUUAGAAGCCGGCGCUAAUGUCGCUGUUGACACUAAGGACGUGACUCUAGUCAUUGCGGGCACCGUCAUCAGAGGUGAAAGGGGGAAUAGGAUCCUUCCUAAUGGCAGCCAGGAGAGUGGCCAAAAAGCCGCCUUGAAAUAUGAGGUUAGAGCAGUUGUAACAAAAUGUUGGAGAUUGAGGAUGAUUGGGAGCAUAGUUGAAAAAAUGGACCGACUAAGAAGGUUGAACUGAAAAACUGACGAUUCGGCCAAGGUCUGGACGUUGGACCGGAUAAAAAACAAACCCGAUGAGAACCAGUUUGACUCAGGCGGAUUUUGCAAAAGCCGAUGACCCGACGGGUUUGACAAACCCGGACAGAUUCAAAAAAAGAAACCAACCCCAAAACGACAUGUUUGACAUUUUUCAAAAAAAAAAAACCCUAGGCUAGUUCGGAACCCACCCCACCCCAUCCCCAGCUCUCUCACUCACUUUCGAAAACGGCACACCAUACACACAGGCACAGCGCUAGCAGCUCACCUCGGUUCACCGUCACUGCACGCUCGCCGCCGUCUCCGCGCCUCUCGCUGGAUCCUCCGCAUCGUGUGCUCGCGAGUCGCGUCUCACCUGUCUCCUCCGUCUGUGCUGUGUGCUCGGCCGUUCGCGUCUCGCCGCGCCUCUGCGGUGAGUGCUCGAGCUGUGCUUCCUACAGCCGUGCAGCGUGUCGUCGUCGUCCGCCAUCACAGUACCCAACGCCUGGUGUGCUCCACUGCUCGCGUCUUGCCUCUCUUCCUGCAGCUGUGCUUCCUGGUGAGUGCUCGCGUCUCGCCGCCCCUCUUCCGUGGUUGUUGCUGCCUGAACUGCUGCUCGUCGUCCACCUUCUGCCUCUGCAACAACAGUAUCCCUCAGCCCGGCAAGAUAAGGAUUAAUCUAUUGCGGAUCUGAGCUCCAUUUAUGGGUCUGCCACUAGCCAAUGGGUUGCUGGAUGCAUAAGACGGAAUUCGAAUCCUCGACAUUUGUUUAAGUGGACGAGUAAGCUGACCAACCCAAGUUGGUUGUCGUUUAAAGUUUUAAACAGACAAAGAAUGAGACCCUACUUGCCCAAUACGCACCCAAGUGGCCAAGUUCCAACGCUAGGCCACUGCUGUGCUGCUACCUUACUCUUCUCCCCCUUUUCCUUCUCUCCUCUCCAAGUUCGCCACCGGCGUCGCUGCUCCGCUCUCCGCAUUGCUAAUCCGUUGAGUCCGUCCAAUUCCUGCGCCAUCACCUUUCUCCAUUUCUCCUCCUGUAUCACUACUCCGUGUCGUUGCCACCAGCGUCUCUGCCACUUGCGUCUCUUCUUGCCUCUUCGCCGGCAGCCCUCGCCUCUCUGGCCACUUCUUCCCUCGUCCCUAACAAAACCUUAUUGAGAAGCGAAGAGAAAGAGAAAGAGAACCGUAAGUAACAUGCCGAAUUGCAAUGAUAAAUAACAGAAGAUGUGGCCUUCUCAAACUUGUUUCUCUUCGUAAUGCUUCGCACUCUUUCUCAAAUGCAAAACCUGAUUCCCAUUUGGCAGCAAUAUUAACCGCUAAGAAGAGUGUUUCUGGGUUCCACACUAACAUUGAUGAUGCUGUUGCCUUUUUCAUUCGCCUCAUCAAUGAGCACCGCACUCCGUCUCAACUCGAACUUGGUAAGAUUUUUAUGUCUGUUGUUAACAUGAAAGAAUACCCCACUGCUAUUUUUCUUUUUGCACAAAUGGAGUUUAAGGGUAUCGCUCCUUCCAUGAUUAGUCUGAGCAUGUUGAUUAAUUGUUUUUGCCGUUUGGGUCAAAUGAAUUCUGCUUUCUCUGCAUUGGCCAAGAUUAUCAAGAUGGGUCAUGAAUUGAAUGUUAUAACACUGACCACACUCAUCAAAGGGUUCUGUAUAAAUGGCAAGGUUAGGGAAGCCCUAGGGUUUCAUGACAAGCUAAUAUCUCUAGGUUUUCAGCUUGAUGAGGUUAGUUAUGGAACCUUAAUUAGUGGUCUAUGUAAAAUGGGGCAAGCAAGAGUCGCCAUGGAGCUUUUGCAAAAGCUAGAGAGUUAUACAGUUAAGCCUAACAUAGUAAUGUACAGAACAAUUAUUGAUGGAUUGCGUAAAGAUGGUCUUGUAAAUGAGGCACAAAAUUUGUUCUCAGAGAUGAUUUCUCGAGGAAUUUAUCCUGAUGUUGUCUCGUACAAUUCUCUGAUGCAUGGUUUGUGUUGCACCGGUCAUUUAAAAGAAGCAACUCAAUUGUUGAAUGAUAUGGUUGUUAAAGACAUUAACCCAGAUGUAUGUACCUAUAACAUUAUAGUCAAUGCAUUAUGUAAAGAAAGAAGAAUAAUAGAAGCCAAACAAGUGUUUGAUAUGUUGAUGGACAGAGGAAUCAAGCCUGAUGUAGUCACAUACAAUGCAUUAAUAUAUGGAUACAUUUUAACUGGCAAAGUGGAUGAAGCAGCAAGUUUAUUUGGUGAUAUGAAGAAAAUUGGUCUGGCUCCUUGUGUCUGGAGUUAUAGUAUUAUGAUAAAUGGAUAUUGUAAACACAAAAGAUUGGAUGAAGCUGUAACACUCUUUAAGGAGAUGAUCCAGAGAAAUUUGGUUCCGAGUACUGUAACAUAUAAUUCUCUUAUUGAUGGCUUUUGCAAAUCAGGGAGAAUACCUGAUGUGCAAAAUCUUCUUGAGGAUAUGUAUGCUAGAGGCCAGCCCCCAAAUAUUAUUACUUACAAUAUCUUAUUAGACGGUUUGUGUAAAGGUAGUCAUCUUGAUGCUGCGAUUGAAUUAUUUCAGAAAAUUUUUGGCAAGGGGGGUUGGUCCUUAUGCCAUACACCAUACUGAUCGAUGGAUUCUAUAAUCACGGGAGACAUAAAACUGCUAAAGAGGUUUUCAACCUUCUCCAUAAUAAAGGUUGGCGAGAUGUCAAAGCAAUUGAUGCUAUGAUCAAUGGGCUGUGUAAGGACUAAGGAGGGCUUGUUCGACAAAGCAACAAGCUUGCUAUCAAAUGGAUGACAAUGGUUGUGCUCUAGAUGAUGUAACUGCUUUCGCAAUUGUUCAUGCUCUUGAGAAAAAUGAAAAAGAAAAAGCAGAGAAGCUUCUUUGGAAAAUGAUCUCUAUAGGCCUGUUGAAGCGAUAAAAUAAGGUAAUACAUUAUUGUUUUUCAACUAAAACUAUUCCUUUUUAUGUUGAAAAGUUUUAUUAUGACUUUUAUUCAUCAAAUUAAGGUUUAGAGUAAGAUUUGAUUUGGCUCUGUCUUAGGACCAAUUCCUAGACUGCCAAGGUGGUUUAUACAUGAUUGUGCAGUAUAAAUAUGUAGAAAUCAAACCAACCUAUAUAAAAACUUAGAAUGGAACUUAAGGAUUGACAAAGCAUGACCUACCAGCUAGGUGAGCUGAAAAAGUUUAUUGCUUUUAUGUCAAGGAGGAUGGACUAUUCAUGGCUAUAUCAUUGCUGAAGUCUAAACAUUCCUAUGUCCUCAAUUUUAUUAUAACCUUGUGUCAUUGGUUAAUUUCUUAUGUUUAGAAUAUUUAGGGAGUGUAGUUGGAAUUACUAUGAUCAUUCAUGUUCUUUCUUAUGUAAAUACAAUAUACUCUCUUCUUAUUUAUUUAAACUAA